CUGCCCCCCAGGCUGCAAGAUGGUCAAGACUUGUGUUCAGGAAGAGUUGAAAUUUACAAGAAUUCCUCGUGGGGCACUGUUUGUGACCAUGAGUGGGAUAUCAUGGAUGCCUCAGUUGUCUGCAGGCAGCUCAGGUGUGGGGUUGCUGUGUCUGUGAACAGCAGCUUUGGCCCAGGAGAAGAUCCCAUCUGGCUGGAUAAUUUUCGAUGCAUUGGGACCGAGGGCACCAUCAAUGAGUGCCCAAGAGAGCAGAGGAAUAUCAACAACUGCACACAUAGUCAGGAUGCUGGAGUUACUUGCUCAGGACCUUUCCCCAUCAGACUGGCCAAUGGGAAUAAUGUGUGUUUGGGGAGAGUGGAGAUCCUUUACAAGUCUACUUGGGGGACAGUCUGUGAUGAUGGUUGGAAUCUCACCAAUGGAGACGUUGUCUGCAGACAGCUGAACUGUGGGAAGGCCGAGUCCAUAACUGGGGUUUAUCAUGGAGAAGGGGGCGGGGAGAUCCUGCUCAGUGGGGUCAGAUGUAAUGGAACGGAACACUCACUGGACCAAUGCUUUGCCAACCCACUCGGUGCCAAUCACAGUGCUGGAUGUCGACAUGCUGGAGUCAUCUGCUCAGGUCCAGUGCCUAUACGGCUGGUGAAUGGUACCAACAUGUGCUCAGGGAGAGUUGAAGUCUAUCGCAAACACAUCUGGGGGACAGUCUGUGAUAAUGGUUGGACUAUAAACGCAGCACAGGUUGUCUGCAGAAUGUUGAACUGUGGGAGUGCCCUGUUAGCACCAACAGACUCCCAAUAUGGAGAGGGGGCUGGGGCAAUCUGGUUGGAUGAUGUGUGGUGUAAUGGGUCAGAGUUUGCUCUUGAUCAGUGUUCUGCCAAGUCAUGGGUGCAUAAUAACUGCACACAUAAGAAGGAUGCUGGAGUUACCUGUUCAGGUCCAGUACCCAUCCGGCUGGUGAAUGGGACCAACAUGUGUUCUGGGAGAGUUGAAGUCUACCGGAACUCCAUUUGGGGUACUGUCUGUGACAAUGGCUGGGAUAUAAAUGCAGCAAAUGUUAUUUGCAGAGUACUGAACUGUGGGACAGCUCUUGCAGCACAGUCUGGAGCCUACUAUGGAGAGGGCACUGGUAACAUCUGGAUUCAGAGAGUGAAGUGUCUUGGAAUAGAGCCUACCCUCGAUCAGUGCUCUUUCAAUCCUGGGGUGAUAAAGAACUGCCAACACAGCCAGGAUGCUGGAGUUAUCUGUUCAGGUCCGGUGCCUGUACGACUGAUGAAUGGCACUAACCUGUGCUCUGGAAGGGUUGAAGUCUAUCAUAACUCCAUCUGGGGAACUGUCUGUGGCAAUGGCUGGGAUAUGAAUGCAGCCAGUGUGCUCUGUAGAAUGUUGAACUGUGGGACAGCCCUUUUAUCAUGGACUGAAGCUGUCUAUGGACAAGGGUCUGGGAAUAUCUGGUUGGAUGACUUCAGAUGCAAUGGGACAGAGUCUACCAUUGAUCAGUGUUCUGCCAGUCCAUGGGGGGUGAAUAACUGCACCCACAGCCAGGAUGCUGGAGUAACCUGCUCAGGUCCAGUACCCAUCAGGUUGGUGAAUGGGGCCAGCAUAUGUUCUGGGAGAGUUGAAGUCUACCGUAACUCUGUCUGGGGAACUGUCUGCAACAUUGGCUGGGAUACAAAUGAAGCAAAUGUUGUCUGCAGAGCAUUGAAUUGUGGGACACCCCAGUCAACACAGAUGGGAGCUCGCUAUGAAGAGGGGAUUGAGAACAUCUGGAUUCAGGGUGUGAAGUGUCUCGGGACAGAGCCAGCCCUCGAUCAGUGUUUGGGUAGCCCCCAGGGAAUGAAGAACUGCACGCAUAGCCAGGCUGCUGGAGUAGUCUGUACAGGUCCAGUACCUGUGCGGCUGGUAAAUGGUACCGACCUGUGCUCUGGGAGAGUUGAGGUUUAUCGUAACUCCGUCUGGGGUACUAUUUGUGACACUGGCUGGAAUGAAACUGCAGCAAAUGUGGUCUGCAGAGUGUUGAAUUGUGGAACGGUCCGGUCAGUGCACACUGGAGCCUACUUUGGAGAAGGAAAUGGAGUUAUCUGGUUUGAUGAUGUGAGUUGUAAUGGGACAGAGCCUGCGCUUGAUCAGUGCUCUGUCAAUCCACAGGUGGGGAAAAACUGCACACACAGGAAAGAUGCUGGAGUUACGUGUUCAGGUCCAAUACCAAUACGGCUGGUGAAUGGAACCAAUAAGUUCUCUGGGAGAGUUGAGAUCUUUCACAACUCAGCCUGGGGAACUGUGUGCAAUAAUGGCUGGGAUGUAAAUGCAGCAAAUGUCGUCUGUAGAAUGUUGAAUUAUGGGAUUGCCGCGUCAGGACAGACCAGAGCCAACUAUGUAGAUGGUACUGGAGACAUCUGGCUGAGUGAUGUGAAAUGUUCGGGGAUGGAGUCUGCUCUUGAUCAGUGCUCCAGAAGUCCGAUUGGGGUGAAUAACUGCACACAUGGCCAGGAUGUUGGAGUCAUUUGCUCUGGUACUUCAAACUUUAUUUCUAAUGAAUCUUGGAGAGGGGAAUACAACUGCUCAGAUAUCUAUGGUCCAGAGAUUUGUGGCAUGACCCUGCAAGGAAUUCGUGAUUUGGAGACGCUG